AUGAACGAUUAAACAAUUAAAAUACUUUAAAUUACAGCUUGUUCAUUGUCAUUGAUAGGGUCUCUCUUUAUCGUCGUGGUUUAUUUUAAAAUGGGAAUGAGAAACAACUUUGCCUUAAAAUUGAUAAUGUGCUUGACAAUAAGUGAUAUCAUAUUUUCUCUCUCCAAUUUGAUGUACAUUGAUCCAGGAUGCACGCCCAAUUAUUAAAUCCUUUGCACUAUUCAAGGAUUCCUCAUUCAAUAUUCUUCAAUUGCCUGCUUCAUAUUUUGCUUCUUAUUAUGUUUAUGCAUCUUUUGGACGGUGAUUAGAAAUAGAGCAAAUCUGAGCUAAUAUCAAAGAUGUUUUUAGAUAAUAGGAUUCUGCAUUCCCAUUCUAUUUGCUCUAAUUCCUGCUAUAACAAAUUCAUAUAAUACCCAAAUAUAUGUUUGUGGAAUAUCAAACGAUGAUGUUGAUUUAUGUCAUAAUAAAUCAGAUAAGUCCUCAUAAAUUGUGAUGGUAGAGUCAAUAUUAUUAUUCUAUGUGCCCUUGUGGUUGAUGAAUAUUGUGGGGAUAUCAUUUAUCAUUAGAGUAAGUGUUUUUAUGACAAAAUUAAGAACGUAAUCAGAAUUAAAUAAUAGAUCACGGAGUUCAGAUCAAUAAGAAAUACAAUUAUAAACACAAUAAGAAUAUGAGUUGAAACUAUCCUAAAGGAUUACUUAGAAUAUGUUAUUAUAUCCAAUAAUAAUGUUGAUUUGCUACAGUGGAAUGACUGUGUAUGCAAUAGGCAAAUUAUGUAAUUCAGAGAUAGUGAUUUUGAGAGGACUAAGAUUUAUAAUGGCUGAUUGUCUGGGGUUGUGUAAUUCUAUAGCAUACGGAUACAAUGCCAUUAUAAUAUUGAGACUGCAGAAAAUGAUGUCUCAACAACAAACCUUGCCCAUGAUGCAAUUUCGACAAGGUUCUAAUGAUUCUGAUGUUAAUAGAAAAUAAUUUGAAUCAUUUCUUUCCAUAGCAACUAUUUAUAAUGAUUAAUGA